CAUUAUGGGGUUCUGGCGAGUCUGUGCUGCACAUCCAAGAUCCGGGAGAGAAACGGAACCAGCAAUUCAAAAGGAAGAAGUUUCAUUGGCCAGAAAGUUCCAAAUACAAGUAAUGCCUCUGGAGAGUCAUAUGAAGUGGAUGACUUUGCAGCAAAGGUUCUUACAGGAAAGCUGACUACAGUUUUUCUUCCCAUAGUCUAUGUCAUUGUCUUUGUUGUUGGUUUGCCAAGCAAUGCCAUGGCCCUCUGGGUCUUUUUUUUCAGAACAAAGAAGAAACAUCCUGCUGUGAUAUAUAUGGCUAACCUGGCAUUGGCAGACCUUCUCUUUGUUGUCUGGUUCCCACUGAAGAUUGCAUACCAUGUAAAUGGCAAUAAUUGGCUAUUUGGUGAAGGUCUUUGCAAAGUACUUGUAGGAUUUUUCUAUGGAAAUAUGUACUGCUCCAUUCUUUUUAUGACAUGCCUUAGUGUGCAACGGUAUUGGGUCAUAGUGAACCCCAUAGUGCAUUCAAGAAAGAAAUCUGAAAUUGCAUUGGGCAUCUCCCUUGCUAUCUGGAUACUGAUUUUCUUGGGCACCAUUCCAUUGUAUCUUGUUAAUCAGACUGUUCAUAUUUCAGAACUUAACAUCACCACCUGCCAUGAUGUGUUGCCUGAAAAUGUUUUGGCACAUGACAUGUUCAGUUACUUCCUCUCACUUGCAAUUGGACUCUUCUUAUUCCCAGCUCUCCUCACUGCUGUUGCUUACAUACUAAUGAUUAAGACUCUGAAUGCUUCCAUUUCAGACAUAAACACUGGAAAGAAACGAAAAAGAGCAAUCAAGCUUAUUAUUACUGUCCUGUCCAUGUAUCUUAUCUGUUUUACGCCUAGCAAUGUGCUGCUUGUUGUGCACUAUUUACUCCUGAAGACCCAUGGCCAGAGUUCUUUGUAUGCGUUGUACAUAACUGCACUGAGUCUUUCUACUCUAAACAGCUGUAUUGAUCCGUUCAUUUAUUAUUAUAUUUCAAAAGACUUCCGAGACGACCUUAAAAACGCUCUUCUUUGUCGAAGUGUGCGAACAACCCGGCGGAUGCAAGUCUCUCUCUCAUCAAGUAGAUACCCCAAGAAAUCAAAUUCUUACUCCUCAAACUCAAAUGGAACAACUAAAUCAACCUACUGAGUUAGGAGAAAAGUGAACCCUUUAGUACUGCUUAGAGGAUAUAAGUGACAAAGUUAUUUUGUGCAAGAGAGCCUGAAGAAACAGCUUUGCUUUUUGGUUCACAGUGAAGUCUUAAUUUCAAAACUGGUAACUGCUUACUCUGUAUGGAAAUCACCAGCAGGUGGAUCUUCCCACUAGACUGAAAAAAACGCGUGACAUUUCUGAUGCUCUACAAAAGAGCUGCUGGCCUUAAAAUGAGCUGUAUUUGAAGACGUUUUUCUUCAGUUUCGAGGAUGUUAAAAUGCAUAGUGUCUCUGGAAUGUUGUGUACUGUUACUAGUGUAUUUAAUUAACAGAGAAAUUCUGUUUUGUUUGGCUUUAACAGUAAUACAUUAAACAGUUGAACAGAUUGUCUGUAUAGGACCUUGCUCUGUGUACCUGCCUCCACUGAACGUUAUUUGAAACCAUAGGGAGAAGGAGAGGAGAAUCGUUUUAUUUCACCGUCUCAUUGUAGGUCCAGCAGCGUGACUGUUUAUUAACCAUAGUAUGAUCUAAUUUUAUAUUGUUUUCCAAGUUUUCAUGUUGUAAUACUAACAUGGUAGAAGCCUGGUAAGAUUGUCCUGUUGAGCUGGCAAGCUGAACCUGUUAUCAGCUAGCACAGAGAUAAAUAAAAUGUGUGAGUUGAGAUUAUACACAUGGGCAAACUGUUACUUAACACUUGCCAGUACGUGAUCAUAAAUGGAGUUAUUUAACAGCGU